AUGACGAACAAUACAUUACCGUAUGAUGUAGUUUACUGCAGUAGCCAAGACCCCCGUCACCCAAUUAGCAAUAUCUUGGGGCGCAUCCCUGUUAAAGAUGAAGAGCAAUGUGUAGAGUCUCCUCUGAUAUCUGGUGGGUGGCAGAGCGAGAAGAAUUGCAAGACAGCGCAGAUGCUUGUGCUUCGUUUCUCAGGAAAUGUUUGGUUGCAUCAGCUCAAAAUUAUUAUGCAUGAAAUUAAAAUAGCAUCCAGGGUCGAGAUAAGCGUUUUUAAAUUACAGGGCGAGGCCUUUGUGGAGCCACCGUCGUUCAAGUUGGUGAACUUUCAGAAACUGGGCACCGUAAAUUUCAAUUGCAGUGAACAACCUGUCCCUAGGACUAAGGAGCGCAAGACGGUUUAUCUAAAAACGGAGGCGUACUUCGUGAAAAUCCUAUUUGAUCAAGUUUUUACCAGCAAUUUGAAUAAACAUAACCAAGUCGGCAUCUACUCGAUCGAAUGUGUUGGGCGUUUGCUCACAUUCAUCCCUUUUCAUGCUGAUGCAACCGUUGUAAAUGGUGUCAAUGUGGACUCGAGCAGUCUGGACUUAUUGCCUUCCGAGAUGCGAUCCACUCAUAACUUGUCAAGGAAUGGCUCACGUCCUGCCGAUUUCGAACUGUCCAGUGGCAGAAACACUCCUUGUGUGAGGCAAAGUAAUUCCUCAGGCUCCGUAUCGCAUCAAAUGCACUCGCUGAAGGACGUUCAGUAUCAUCAAGGUGCCGCCACUUCCAUGUUAUCCGUUCCUUCAAGUACCUUGCCAGGAGCUUCUACACAGAUUCAAUCCUUCCGUUCUGUGCGGAUUGUAGAAUUUGAGGAAUUUUUUCUUCGGCGUUUAGAGGAAUUAUUUUCUCUCAAGGAGCAAGCAGUUGCUGUCAAUGAUUUCGAUACAGCCACGAAGUGUGAGGAAAAGCUUUUGGAUUUAAACAAAGCAUCCAGGACGGUUUACCGCCUAGAGCAAUGCAAAGUUCAGGCAAUCAUUGAGGAAGAUUUUAAUCGUGCUGAGGAGACUAAGAAACAGAUGGAUGAUGUUGUGGAAGGCGUGUACAAAACCCUUGAUAUGCCUAUGUUGCAAUGCAAAAACUACACUUAUGCGCUGUCCUUGUCUACAGACAAGAUGAAUGAAAGUGCUAGCGCGGAUCAGAAGGCCAUCAAAGCAGAUGCUGUUACUAACAGAGUGAUCUGCAGCGACAAGUUAAACGACCCUACGGCCUCAGCGUCUGCUUCUAGGGAUGGCGAGUUGGCCAGAGGGGAAGAUGGACACGACAUACGCGACAUGACAUCUACAACGGUAGACCGAGAUGCCUUCAAUCCUUAUGAUCAGCAGGAAUUUCAGCUGUUUAAAGACGACGUUGAGGAGUCUUCGAAGGUAUUAGAAAAUGCAAUCUGUUCCCUUACCGGAGAAGGUGAAAAUGAUGAAGGAUUUCCGGCUGAUAGCAGCCUUGACACGCGUGCCCUGAGGAAGAGUUUAGGUCCCUACGUAGCGGCAUGUUUAGUCUCACGUAAUUUCAAGCUUCGUGAAGGGGCUUUGUUAGUGGUGACAGAACACAUCAGCACCACUUUACGGAGUUCUGCCGCAGCUGUAGCGGAUGCAGUGCUGCGCUUUUUAGACUUCAAUUCGUUUGGACUGCAGGAUCCCAUUCCUAAUGUGGUGUUUGCUGCCUGCAACUUUGUUCGGAAGUCUUUAGCUGAUGAGUGCCAUUGCAUUAGCAAAUAUCUUCCAUCCCUUCUGAAUCUCCUUCCACGGCUUUUGUGUCGUGCCUCCGAAACAAACCCUCGUAUGCGCAGUGAGAUAAUGAUGACACUCCAAUUGUACAUUCAGGUAGAAAAGGUCCCUGACACCGCGAUUUUCCAGGCCAUUUUGGCAGAUCCCAUUGAUCGUGAAAAGCGAAAGGUACCAUUUACUAAUCCACGCCCACAAAUAGUAAGGUUAAACAUGUUGAAGUUUCUGUUAAGUGCUGGUCGACUGACGCUGCCUAGCGCUGGUGGAGUUAACCUCACACGCAAGCUGCUGCUUCCGGCUGUUAAUCAUCAAAGCCCUGAAGUGCGGGACACUGCAACAGCUCUUUAUACGUCACUUGUAUCCCUAAAAUGCUUGCCUGUGAAAAAGAAAGACUUGAUUAACAUCACCAACUCUGGUAUUAGACAAGCUAUCCAGGCGGCCAGUGAAUCAUAG